CCUGCCCAUCGGUCAUGAGCUGCCCCGACUCUCAGAAGACAGGGAAGAAUGCUGAUUCCUCUCCAAAACAAGUUAUCUUCAAGAAAAGCACCCGUGACAAAGCCCUGACCAUCUACCUGGGAAAGCGUGACUUCAUUGACAACAUGGGGAGUGUGGAACCUGUAGAUGGUGUUGUGUUGGUGGAUCCUACAAUGAUCAAGGGGAAAAAAGUGUACGUGACUCUGACCUGUGCUUUCCGGUACGGCCAGGAGGACAUUGAUGUGAUCGGCCUCACCUUCCGGAGAGACCUGUUCUUCUCUAGGGUCCAGGUGUACCCACCUGAAAACAAGCCAGAGUCUCUCUCCCACUUGCAGGAAUCUCUGCUAAAGAAGCUGGGGAAAAAUGCUUACCCCUUUUUCUUUACAUUCCCAGAUUACCUGCCUUGUUCAGUCUGUUUGCAGCCUUCACCUCGUGAUGUUGAUAAGAGCUGUGGGGUGGACUUCGAGGUGAAAGCUUUUUCAACAGAGAAUUUGGAAGAGAGAAUUCACAAGAGGAACUCCGCACGGCUGUUGAUCCGUAAAGUGCAGUUUGCUCCAGAAGAACCAGGACCCCAACCUUGUGCAGAGACCACGUGGCAGUUCUUCAUGUCCAACAAGCCAUUGCAUCUGAAAGCUUGCCUCAGUAAAGAGGUGUACUACCAUGGUGAGCCCAUUCCAGUCACUGUCAUGGUCACCAACAGCACAGAGAAAACAGUGAAGAAGAUCAAAGUCCAGGUGGAGCAGGUUGCCAACGUGGUUCUGUACUCCAGUGACUUCUACACGAAAGUGGUAGCUGCUGAGGAGGCAUCGGAAAAGGUGCAGCCAAACAGCAGCCUGACAACAACGCUGACAGUUUUGCCCUUGCUGGCAAACAACCGGCAGACCCGGGAAAUAGCCCUGGAUGGCAAGCUAAAGGAUGAGGAUACCAACUUGGCUUCUAGCACCAUUCUUAAGGAUGGAAUAGACAAGACAGUGAUGGGGAUUCUGGUUUCCUACAAGGUCAGAGUGAAGCUCACUGUUUCGGGCCUGCUGGGAGACAUCACCUCCAGUGAGGUGAGCACAGAGCUGCCAUUUCGUCUCAUGCACCCCAAACCUGAGGAAAAGAACCCAGCAGGGAAGGAUGGUGAUGCAGAGAUGGUAUUUGAGGAGUUUGCUCGUCAACAGCUAAAAGACACGGGUGAUGAAGAAGAAAACAAGAAUGUUUCCUCAACUGAUGAGUGAUAAAGAGCACGAGCUGAUGGAGAAGCUGUGUAGCCUGGCACCAAUGAUUAAUUUAGGAGCUAGGUUUCGAGUAAACUGUGUUCUUGGUGCAUGUGCUGUCAGCGAUCAGUAGACGUAAAAUCAUAAAUUUCUCUUACUUAUUAAAAUUUUCCACUUCAUAAGAACAUAGCAAACUCCAUACCUGCUGCUUACUGUACCUACCAGAGGAGGUCAGGAAGGCUGCACCAUCUGCUUCAGAGCUACCUGUUCAGGUGGUUGGUUACUUUUACCAUUGAUGAGAGCUUAAAUGAGGGCUUGUGCAGCCUGCCUGUGCUCAGCUGGGGUCUCUGUGUCUUUUCUGUGCGUCUUUUUCACUAGUGAACUGAGUCCUAGUUUGAAUGGCUGGCUUGCUGCCUUUGAUUUAAAGAUCCUCAGUGGGCUAUACGAAAUUGGUUUCGUUUCCUUUUGUUUGCUUUUGCAUUUCUGCUUUAUCCAACUCAUCUAGUUAAUAUCUUCAGUGCUUGCACUGACCAUGUGUAUGGCUUACAUCCUCCCUCUCUACCACUAAAUGUCUUGCAAGUCCUCUUUCACAGCAGUUGUAUUGCUGAGAUGUUGCAUUAGCUUUCUAGCUCUAUACUUAACAGCCACGUUAUUAAGGAACAGAAAAACGUGCUCUGUGCAUGAAUUCCUUAACAUAGCUCCCUAUGUGCAAUGCUAACCAGAGAACUGCUAGUCUAGUUCUCUCAUCUAGUUUUCUUUAUGUGGCAGUGCUUCAAAAGAAUGUGCAAUGAAAUUAAGGAGGAAACCAUGGGGCAAACUGCCCUUAGAAUCCCCAUUGCUCUGCCAGAGAUCAGCUUACACUCUAAGAAAUGAGAACAUAGUCUGCAAACAUUGAUCUCCCUUGUUGAUCUGCAUGUUCUCGUUAUCCAUGCAAAUGCACGAGGUCCUUUUCUGGGUCUCACACAGGCUCUGGUUGAAAUGAGUUGCAUCAGCUAGUUACGUUUUGCAUGUAAAAGGACUGCUGUUACCCUUUUCCCAUUUUUGCUCUGUUUUUCACUGUUUCUGGAUUAAAAUUCUCCUGGGAAGUCUGAAGGCUGGGCCUACAUUUAUUAUUAUAAACGUACGUUUCUGAACCUAGCAACAAAAAAUGAAUUCAAGAGCUUUCCACUUCGAUCCUAACAGCAGUGGUCACUUCACAGAGGAAAAAACACAUUUUGGAGAUGCCCAUUUCCUCCCAGAGGGCACAGGACACCGCUGAAAGCCUGCAGGAAGCAAGUUGCUGUUGAAUCAGCAAUGCUGAACCUGCUUUGCUGAAUGAUGCUCUGCAAACGGGGCUUGUUUAAGAUGCUGAAGGCAUCUGAGGGCAGCUGAGCCCACGGCUCCACCUGGCAGUGCUUGUCACAGCUGUCUCGCCUGGGCUGAGACCACAGGAGGCGAGCUGUUUGCUUCGUGCCCAGCCUCGUGCCCUCAGCUGCUGAAGCAUCGCUGCAGCCGUUCUCAGGUGUACCUAGCAGCACAGUUAGCUGAGCGCAGUUUUGGUUGUGAGGGAAGGGUUAGAGCAAGGCAAAGGCCUUUCUCACCAACGCUCUGCUAUUCGCAUUAUUAA